UGUUUCCCACGAUGAGAAAAAAGGGGCAGAAACGCAAACUGCUGACUCGUAUACCCCCUAUGAGUUGUACCUGGGGUAUUCUGCAAAAAAUUCAUUUGAAUAUUAUUUUGAACGAGAAACGUAUAGCAG